GGAUACUGGAGGAAUUAGUGAUUCACUAGCGCCUGGUGUAUUAUGGGCUAUUGGAAGAGUCGCUGAUUCUAACAGUGGCCGGUGCGAGGAGACAGGGAUGGCGAUGAAAUGUGUUUUGAGAUCAUUUGUUGUACGGAGUCGAGUGAAUGGGCACCUUGGGGGCAGUGCUUUCUAUUCUACUCAUUUGUCGCCAACUCAUACGACGUCGCCCGAAGCAGUAACAAGAAGCAAAAGAGCAUCUCCAAAACAAAAACAAAGGAGAGAGCCAGUACCUCCGAGGACUGAAAAGAUGGAAGUGGACCAGAAUUGGUGCAAUGUGUACCCAACAGCAGCAGCAUUUAAACCUUCUGUUGUACCGCUUCCUAUUCGUAUGGGCUAUCCAGUAAAGAGAGGAGCCCCACCGGCCAAGAUAGGAAACCUGGAAUUAAUAAAGAUUCCAAAUUUCUUACAUCUCACUCCACCUGCAAUAAAACAACAUUGUACAGCUUUAAAAGGUAGGUCACAUGCCUUUCGUCUUUGUAUUUUGAAGGUUAGACUUUCGAGUCUAAAUUUGGAUGAUCAUGCCAAGAAGAAAUUCAUUAAACUUGUUGGAAAUCGAUACAACAAAGACACAGAUAUACUUACCAUUACGACAGACAGAUGUCCACUGCGGCGGCAGAAUUACGAUUAUGCCAUGUAUUUGCUCACUGUUUUAUACCAUGAGUCAUGGAAAACUGAAGCAUGGGAAUUGGACAAAACAGAAGCUGACAUGGAUGAAUAUAUUUGGGAGAACAGUCAAUCUGAGAAAAAUGCUUUGGAUACAAUCUUCAGAAUGAAAAAAGCUGAAAAAUUACCAGCUUCAAAAGAAGACAUAAUUAGCUCCCCGGAAGUCCACAAUUACAAGCUAUCAGUGGUGAAUAUUAAAAAUGAAGGAGAAACAGAAAAUAGCAUCUUACAAUACAAAGAAUCUGUAAAGAAACUGCUAAAAUUGCAGAUUGCAGCAUAAUCAGUGGCACUGUACAGACUUUGUAUAAAAAUUUUAUUUAAGUUACAGGUGUUCAAAUAAAACAUCUUGUAUAAA